ACUCUACACAGAACUCUAUACAGAACUCUACACAGAACUCUAUACAGAACUCUACAUACUGUAUAACUACACAGAACUCUAUACAGAACUUUACAUAGAACUCUAUACAGAACUUUACAUAUAACUCUAUGGAGGAGGAGAGAACGUCUCCGGUUCUACCUCUCUCAAGAACUCUAUACAGAACUCUUUAACAUAACCUUUUCCAGGUAAACCCUCCCACCUCUUUGUGUUUCAGUCCUCCAAGUCAACAGGGGUCACCAGAGCUGCCAUGAUGAAAUCAGCCAUGAGUUCAGGUACAACACCACACCAGUUCAACCAGUAACACCACUUUAACCAGUCUGACCCAGUUCAGUUAACCAGUCUGUCUCUCUACAUGUCUGUCUGCUCACCUGUCUGUGUGUCAGAGUCUGUAGACGGAGGCAGCAGUCCAGGAAGUCGUUCCCCCGCCAAUCGACCCUCCACUCCAAACAGGGACGUCAAGAAGGUGGCGGUGGUCCGAACCCCCCCCAGGUCUCCGGUCUCUGCUCGAGGACGGACGCCCCCCCCUUCCGUCUCACCCCAUGCCCGAUCUCAGCAACGUGAGGUCAAAGAUCGGAUCUACGGAGAACCUCAAACACACUCCUGGGGGGGGGGCAAGGUUCAGAUUCCUCAUAAGAAGUUGAAUCUUACUAGCGUGUCAUCAAAGUGCGGCUCCAAAGACAACAUCUGCCACAAACCAGGUGGAGGGAAGGUGGAUUUUAAAACCGUUCAGUCUAAAGUUGGUUCUCUGGAGAACAUCACUCAUGUGCCGGGAGGAGGGAAGAAGAAGAUUGAGAGUCAGAAACUGAGCUUCAGAGAGGGCGCCAAAGCUCGAACCGACCACGGUGCUGACAUCAUCGUGCAGCCUGACUCCUCCCCCCAAAGCCUUAACGCUGCUCAGGCUCCGCCGCUCGACACCCUGGCCGACCAGGUGUCCGCCUCCCUCGCCAAACAAGGCCUGUGAUUGGAUGACCUUGUGCCUUCAGACCCCGCCCCUUCUGUUACCAAGGAAACUACCUGAUGAAAGAAAGAAAGAAAGAAAAGAAAAAUCAUCAUUCUCCCUUUUUCCUCAUGACCUUCAUCUGAUAUUAGACAGUCAGGUUUGGAGAGAUUUUAUUAUUAGUGAUGUUGUGUUCACACCAAACACUAAGUUUGUUUAUUUGUUUCCUCCAUGUAGACACACAACAAACAAACUCUUACUGCUGUAAAUGUAAAAGAUGUGGAGUCAUUGGUUCAUUACAUCAACGCUGUAUCUCGUGAGUGUGUCGGCUGGUUCACCACGUUGGAAUGAACCCAAAUGAAGAGAUUUUGCUGUGAUUUAAUUGUAAUAAACAAAUAAAAAAGAGGCCUAAAUAACCACAUACUGAUACCAAUUUGUAAAAGGUCUAAAGUCUUUGGUUUACACACGUACAUUUAUACAUUAAAAGUCUGUUGAGACGUUUAAUAAGUUGCUCUGCAACACAUUUCUCAGCAAUUUUGGAAACGGCAGGGAGAAUACCGAUUGGCUGAUAAUUAGAGACAUCGGUUGAAUCUCCUGACUGAAAAAUGGGUGUUACUGUGGCUGAUUUCCAUCCUUUCGGAAACACGCAUUGCCUGAGAGAUUUGUUGACGAUGCUUGUGAGCGAGUGUGCCUUUGUUUCUUUAGAAAAAUAUUGUCAAUUCCAUAAACAUCUUUGGCCCCAGAGUUCUUGAGUGAGCCUAGAACUCUGGUGACAGUAGAUUCAGAGACAUCCUGAUUAGAGAAGCACGGUUGACCUUCAUUUACUGGUGUACGAUCAAAUUGACCAAUACUCGGUGGUGUACAGUAACGAAGUAGAAAUACUUCGUUACUGUACUUAACUCGUUUUUUUGGAUAUCUGUACUUUACUUUA